AUUGUUUUGAUAUUUGUUUUCUAGUAGAAUAAAACUUAAAAGCUCUCAAAAGUCCAUACGGAAGGGAGAAAUUUCUCAUCAAAUCUACAUCAUCUCAUCUUCAGACAGUCCGAAAUCGAUGGCGGCGGAGACGGCGGCGUUCGCGGCGGUCGUCUCUCUCCUGAUCACGGCGGUUGCGUCUCAAGCUCCUCCGACGGCUUACACUAACCACACGGUGGGUGGCGCUGCAGGUUGGUUCUUCAACGCCACCAAGAACACUUCCGCUACCAAUUACUCCUCUUGGACCGCCUCUCAAACUUUCAAUCUCGGCGACUUCCUCAUUUUCAAUACGAAUUCGAAUCAGACCGUGAUCCAGACCUACAACCUAACGACAUUCAAGAGCUGCUCCAUCGACGAUGCCGCCGAUAACGACACGGUCCAGUACAACGGCGGCGAUUCCGACUUCAACAAGCCAUUGACCAUCCCGGUGCCGCUGACGAUCAAAGGCCCGAACUACUUCUUUUCCAACGCCGAUGAUGGCGUUCAAUGCCAGCGAGGCAUGGCCUUCGAGAUCCAGGUCAAUCCCGGCCUCGGCUUGCCGCCGAGUCUGAAUCAGCCGCCACCGCCUCCGUACUCAACGCCGCCGGAUUCCGAUUCGGCUCAAACGCCUCCGUUGACGAUUCCUCAGACGAAGGACAACGGCGGCUUCAAGAGCGUGGCUAACGUCCGGCGAGAUUUCUUCUUCGUGGCGGUGCUGCCGCUGGUGCUGCUCUUCUAGAGGACGAACGAGGUCAGAAUCCCUUCGAGUGGCAUUUUUGUAAUUUCGUGAGAGAUAUUGAUUUUUGGACUUGUUUGGUCAUAGGUCUAGGGUGGCCGCUGACCAGGACAAGUUCCUAAUCCUAAUCAGGUUUUGCUAUUUCUAUCUUUCCGCAGUUCCCAUCAUUCAAUCAAUAUCAUUAGUCAA